AUGAGCGAGCAGACCGGGAGCGUAGUCCUUGCAGAUGUCCUCGCAGAAUUCCAAUUAUUCGAGUCGACACAAAAGUACAGCUGUCCCAUCAAAACCGCGCGGCACCCAGGUCUCAAGGCUUAUAUCCAACAGAUUGUCCAUUCCCUUCGCGCCGAGCUUCUCAAGGACACAGUACAUAGGAUAAGUGUGGUGACAUUGAACUCGUCGACAAGGCCGGUGGACCGGUUUGUGUUUGAGAUGAGCGUACUGAAGUCGUUUGACGAUCGUCUUCGGGUCGUUCAACAACAGCCACCACAGCAACCACCGGCUGCCAUCCAUGCACUGGACAACUAUCAGUCAGAGCACGCUGAAGACGAGCCUGACCUCCGCCAGCAAGAUCAGGAUCAACAGUCAGAAACGACUGCACCGAGGUUAAACAAAGGCAAGGGCAAAGCUGUGGAAUACCAACGCCAUGAGAUGGAAGAGGAUGUCGAAGAUGAGGAUGUGGAUGGCGAUGGUGGGUUUGAGACGGGUCAGUACAACAGCUAUGGCGGCGAUCAUGAACAAGAACCUGAUCAGGAACAGGACGAGCAGGGACCCCAUGCUGCUGAAGGCGAGGAAGGAGAGGGAUACAACGAGGAGGAGUACGAAGAAGAAGAUUAUGACGAUGAUUAUGAGACACCCUCUGUGAGGGGAAUUCGGGCAGCUCAGGAUAAGCGAUCUGCUACAUCGAACACGGUAUCCUCGGCAGCGGGCCAAACUAUGGGUGAGAGUAGAGGCUAUGAGAAUCGUGUUGAUCGGGUUGGAGCAAGACAUCGACGCGAAACCCCUCACUUUGGCGCUCGAGUCGAUCUGACGACAGAUCUGGAGACUAUGCUGAGAGCCAUGCUUCUGAAAAUUAGUAUCUGCGAUGCCCACCUUGCUCCCUUAACAUCAGUCGAGAUGAAAAACAAGGGUUCGGGACCGGAAGCCAAGGCUGAUUUUCCAUGGUCGCCAAUCAGCCCAGCAUCUCACGAGGAGCAGCUCAAGGUAUCCGCCCUACCAGCUCAGCCAACUCUUCAGCAGAGGAAGAUCAUACCCGUUAAAACUGUCGAUGUCGCCGACAUCCAGCUGGAGCUGUAUCUCGAGAAGCUAAACGGCUGA